AUGACCAUGGCAGCAUCCUCGUCCUCAUCCACGCCGUCAUGCUUACCGUCGUCGUCUGCAGUGACAAUACCUGUAGCAGGAAAGUCUAUCCUAAAACGUCCACCACAAGCCCAAGCAUCCAUCUUCUCCAGGAUCACAAGGUUUCUGCCAACGCAGACCCAGCCACAAGCGGCACCCACCGAAGAUGCAAAACCUUUGAAAAGGGCCCAUUUCAUUCUCCCCCAGAUAGCUACUGUCUACCCAAUAUCUUCUAUAAACCCACCGUCGACUCCAACGUUGAAGGAAGAGAAGAGAGCUAUCGAGGAUCGGGAGCAGGAGCGCCGUAAACGGGUCGUCCGAGGGAAUUCUACGGGUAGCCCUGGAGGCCAGGAUGUGGAAGAAUGGUGGUCGAUGGAUAAGGUUGAAUCUUUCUAUCGGGAGUGUUGUGCAGGCUGUGAAGAGGAGCCAGAUCCAGCCAUCACCGUGGCACUCAAGCAUGCCUCACCAUCGAGUCCAAGGACCGUCGACUUCUCGGGCGUCCAGCUCACGUUCAAUUCGGCGUCUAUCCUGUCGGAUGUCUUCAACAUCGAGUGGGGUUUACGGAAGCUGGUAUUCCGUGAAUGCGACCUAGAUGAGCAUACUUUGAAACCAAUACUGCAUGCCUUAUUAAUACCGGGGACGCUUUCAUUUCUGUCGAUCGCGUCAAAUCGACGAUUGAAAGCGGCUGCUUUUCGACUCGUUGGUGCAUACGUUAAAAAGGCGAAAAGCUUGCAGUUUCUCGACCUUUCACAGAACCCUUUGGAUAAGAAAGCGAUUGAAUACAUUGUCGCUGCGUUGGCAACAGCCCCUGAAGCCGGCUUGGUUUCUCUUCGCUUGGACGACUGUGCACUACGACCGGCGGCUCUCGAAACGCUUUGUCGCGCAGUCCGCACGUCGUCAUUACGCAACAUCUCCCUACGGCAUAACCGGAUUUCCGCCUCAGGAGGUGUAGCACUCGCACUCAUGAUAAGAGACUAUCCCGACAUCGUGCCCACACCGCUUUCCCCAGCCCCAUCUGGAACACCCACAUCCUCCGCGUCCUCAUCACCCACGUCAUCUUUUGUCAACCUCCCCAACGUCCUGAUGUCGCCGCCAAGUACACCGACGGUUGCAAGCCCAAGCCCGUUAGCACCGUCACGGACAGGGCCUCCAGCUCCUCCUCCACGACACCCAGCUGUCAGCAUGCAGACAACAUAUACCCCAUACGUACCGCGCGCUCGCAGAUUAGUUGCUAGCUCAGCCAACCCACUGUCGCCUUCCGGUCAACAUAUCCCCAUUAUCACAUCCUCCUCUCAAGGUGGGGUAACUACGCGACAUCCAGCGCCGAGUAGUCCUGCUACCCCAAUACAUAACUCUCACCACGAUAGUGGGCCGAGUGCCGCGCUCCUAGAUAAUAUCCGAGCACUAGAUAAUUUGCCUCGUCUUGGGGCACUGAGAACCUUGGACCUCAAGGGGAAUGACUUACGCACUGGAAUAACAUACAUUGCUCAAGUGCUAAAGCGGAAUCGCACUUUGAAGGUACUAAAUCUGAGCGAGAAUAAGCUGGAUGUUCAGUGCUUGGUGAUCAUCGCGGAGGCGUUGAAAUACAACUCCAGUCUAGAGACACUUGACUUGAACAAAAAUCCAUGUUCUGGUCCUGGUCUUGAAGGGAUCCAAUCUCUAAGGACCGCGUUCACUCUCAACACGGCGCUGAAACGUCUCUUUUUAUCCUCGACUUCAAUGACAUCCGCAGGCGCCAUUGCUUUGGCAGAAUUUCUUCCAGAGUCAACGUCCCUGCUCCACCUGGACCUCACCAUGAAUGGCUUCGAUAUCGCUGGAGUUAUGGCCCUGAGCUCAGGGCUGAAGGCCAAUCAUGUUAUGCGAUGCCUGGACGUGAACAUUCCGCCGGGUGAUGAGGAGUUCGCUAGGAUGUGCAGAGAGAUCCUGAAUUCUUGUGUCAGGAAUACUGAAGAGGCCGAAAGGAUAACGAAAGGGGCAGAGGGAUCAAGCACUGGUAGUGGGCGGGGACUGGGUAAAGGCGUAUGGGGCAUGAUCGAAGAGAGCGAGCUUGCCAAGUCGAUUAGGAAGGAUGAAGAGAAGAAGAUCGAGAGUGAUGUUGUGGUCAGAGCACGAGCUUGCCUUACAUCAUUAGCCAAUGUCACGGCGGCUCCAUCUUCAACUGUGAAUCCGGAACACAUAGCGGACGCGGCCACGAAAGCACGGGUUGUGGUUAACGAGUUAACGACGGUUAUUCAGGAGACUGAAGACCCAAUACAGAUGGAGGAAUUGCUUGGAAUUAACGACCAACUACUUGCGUUGCUGAAGAAGGUACCUGGAGGUGGCAAGCCGACCCUGACAUUAUAUGGUUUGGGUCUGUCGCUCCCUGGUAUUGAACCAGUGGGCGGCGAUACCACAUUGGCAAACGGCUCACCUGCGUUCUUGAAUGGUCAUGCUAAUGGGCAUUUCCCUGAGGGAGAGGAUGAUGAUGACACACCGACGACCCCCAGAAUCGACAAAGGAAAGCGGAAGGCUGAGCCAGAGCCAGAGGUUCCUGAGAAGGUCCUCAGUCCGACCUUCUUGAUCGCGGAAUCGUCAGAGGACGAGGAUGAAGAUGGCAGGCGAUAUGUGAUCGCCCCAGAGCAUCUUGAGGAGGUCACUUCGCCAACUGAUCGAUCACGUAGUUGGGUAGAGGAAGAGGGCGAGGUGUUUAGAAGGGGAACAAUUCUCCUUGGCCCUGAGGAGAUGGAGGGGGAGUAUGCUGGUGAAGAGUUACGGAAAGAGCUGCUAGAGGCCAUGGUGGAGCGACCCCCUCCACGCCCUUUGACUGAUGAUUUUGGGAUAGAGAUAAUCCCGGGGAGCAUGAACUUUGAGGACCAACGGUCCACAUCAUCAGUACCUCCCUCCGAUCCCUCUCCUACCAUUGAGACACCCAAACCAUCGCCUCGCCCAUACAUUUCACGCACCAGGUCCACCUCCUCCUCGAUCAUGAGUCUCAUAUCACCUGUUGGGACAGACCAUCCUGAUCUGAACGGGCCUGUCGUCGAGAGUCUCGUAUCUGCGACGUUGAGUUUAUCACCGACGUCGCCUGGGGCUUCUGGAAGACCUUAUUUUCCACGAAGUCAAAGUUCACCCAAUGUGGAGUCUUGA